AUGAAGAAAGAGUGGCUGCGAGGAGACAAAUUAUCUAGAAUCCCCAUCCUCUCGUCGCUGGUCACCUCGGCUCGGUUCGGUUCCAGCCCUGACGGCGGGGUCCCGCACCGAAGCGCGACCCAUCCAGCGGGCAGUCGCGCGUUGAGCGCAGGUGGCGCGGAGAAGCCGUCUGCGCGGUCCGUCGUCCUGCGAGUUGUUCGUUUCCGCGUCCCGUCACUUCCUUUCGCCUCUUCAUCCGGAAAUUCUUCUUACGCGCUGUCUCGUGCGCCUCGAUGGCUGCCAAAUGUAGAUUUUCAUUUUAUGGAAUGCGAGACGUUUUGCCUUCCCUUGCCUCAGCCACAAGGUGAAAGCAUCCAGGGUUUGCCAGCAACCGAACGCGAUCGUGCCUCAUUGGCGGGCAAAGCCCCGGCUCAGAGCAACGGAGGCUCGGGCGGGCGUCGGCCCCGCACGUGCCAGGAAGGGGAGAGGCCUGGUUGCCGCCGCUCCGUUCCGCGCUCCGGCAGAGGAUUUGCUCGAAAUUCGAUAAUAGACGCGCCAACCUCGCUGCCGUCCUGGAGGCUGAGAAUCUUCGGCCCACCUGUCAUAAAGCGGGGUGCGGGGCAGAGAGUGGGCGACACGACGGCGGCGGCGACGGUGGCGGCGCGGGCGGUGCAGCGCUCUCAGAGAGCACUCGUGCGGCGGGCGGGGGGGGCGGCGUGCAUGGUGCGUAGGCGGGAGGCGUGCGUGAGCCGGCGGCGGCUGCGGCAUCGAUUGCGGCGCGCGCCAGCGGCCGUUGCCCGCCCCGCCCCAGCCGUCCCCGGACGGCCCGCCGCCGCCCCCCCCCUUGUCCACCACCCCUCCCCGCCCCGCCUCCGUGUAAGCACAGCCCCUGAACCAUCCUCUGUCCCCGCCUGUCCCUCCUCCGUUCCUACUCGCCGUCCCCCACUUCGCUCACUCUCCGCCUCGCCCCCACUCCAACAUCCGACCCGCCUCCCGCCCCUUCCCCCGCCAACAACCCGCUUUCUCGCCCCACCCCCGCUCCUUGUGUCACUCGCUCAAGCCCACAGCCACAGCCACAGCCACAGCCACCGCCGCCGCCGCCGCCGCCACCAAAGGGUCCGCGAGCGCCCAGCGGUUGUGGCACGCACCGCCCGAAGGGCACAGGGGCGACGCCUGGCGGUGGCUCCAGGCCGCGUUCGCGCACACGGCAAUCGCUCUUUGAAAACAAUGGAAUGUAGCAAUCAGACGACGAACAAACAUAAACUUGAAAGAGCGUUGGCGAACUGGGUUUCUGAGCCCCCAAACAAAGACAUUGGCAAGUGCGCCAAACGUGCCUGGGCGCAUCUGAGUCAAAUCGCUUGGGUCAAUCGGUCAGGGAGGGCUACGGAGCCCCUCCUGCCCUACCGCACUCACUCGCCCCGCAUCGCCCGCGCCAGGAAAACACCAGCCGGGGCGCCGGGGCGGCGGGCGGGGCGCGUGGGGCGGGCGGGCGGGGCGGCCGUCCGCGUGCAAGUCACGUGUUCCGGGGCGGGUGGCUGCGCGAGAGGCGGUGGCGGCGGCGGUGCGUGGCGGGGGCGGUCGCGCGCCGGCCGCGCGCGCGCGCAGUUUCUCCGCCCGCCCCGCCCCCCCGCACGUGCGCGCGCCCGCGGCGGCGGCCGUCAGUGCCUCGCCCGCUGCGCACGCGGCACGUGCCCCGGACGGGCGACGCCGACCCGACGCGACGCGACGCCACGCGGAGCCCGUCUCGACGCGUCGCCAGCCGCCGCCGUCGCCGCUUCCUCCCCCCCGCCUCCCCGCCUCCACCGCUCUCUGCCGCCCUUCGCGAGGCCAGUGCUCGGCCCGCGCUUGACGAGUAAGUCGCUGGUGCCCGGACUCGAGCUCAUCCCGUCUGACGAUUGUCGUCGCCCGCUCAGCACGGACUACCUCGUGCGUCUUCCGCAGGGCGGCGCGCCCGUCGCCGGCAGUGCGAUUGCUGUCGCAGUCAUUGCUCUGACAGUGAUUAAACCACCGCCUUCUCCGCUGUACUCAUCUGUGAGUUCCGCGAAAGCUUCAAACUUCUUUAACGGCACCGCGCGCGCCAUCUCCGCCACCACCGCAUCUAACGAGCACUUGCCGUCGCGAACGACGCGCUCCUAUCGACGUUUUAUGCAAACGCGCCGAAAUUCAUUAGCGAAAACGCUUUCGUCGCGUGUUCCACAUUCUCGCACCUUGCCGAGUUGUAUCUCGCGAGGAACGUUGGAUGUUUUUGUGUUUGAUGGAAGUGUGGCACGCUUGAAAUCUGCAAGAAGUUUCAGAAGCAACACGCAGAAAAUUAGCUACGUCACUUUGGCCUUCACCCAAUUAGUGAAAGUGCGCGUACUAAAAGAAACAACAAAAUACGCAAUUUUAAGCGCUACUAAAAAUGAAGCGCAAAAAAUUUGGGUAAGCAUUCUUUUGAGAGUAUUCGUUCAAAAGAAAGUAUCAGCGUCGCGGCUCUUGCAACAGAAAAAAGGACAAGGCAUGAAAGUCAGCUUUAUUAACUUCGACAAACAAAAUCAAAACUUUCACAAAGUGGGGAAAGAAUUGGAAAACGAAAUAUUUGGUUUGAUAUAA